AUGGCUACCAUGACCUUUUCUUGCAAGUCUGUUACCAAGCCCGAUGAUUCUCAGGUAGACUUUGGGGCUGAACUCAUCGGCUUCGAUGUUGAAACAAUGACAGAUGGUGAUUUUGAUUUUCUCCGUCGCGCAUUGUAUGAGAAUCAAAUCGUCGUAAUCAAAAACCAAGGCAAACUCUCCCCACGUGCCCAGUGCGAACUCACCCGACGCUUCGAUCCUGUUGCCGGUGUCUAUAGUCAUGGGAAAUCAAUUGACAAGCGCAGUGUUCUCCAUGCCGACUUGACAACAAUUCCUCAUCAGCCGCAAGUCCAAGUUAUCGGCAAUGGCUUCGUCGAAGAGUAUGAGGGACUCUCAAACAUCCGCCUGAAACACCCACACCACAAGACAUUCCACAAGAACCCCAUCUCGUCCGAAGAAGACUAUGAUUAUACACACUUCUACCGCUGGCAUAUUGAUUCUGCCAUGUACAAUCUCGAUCCGCCUUUGGUUACCACGUUGCUGACUGUCAAAGUCCCCGAGGGCCGCCGCCCAAUCUGCCGUUAUGACGAUGGCACGGACACCACACUUGACGUUCCUCUUGGCACAACGGCAUUCUUCAGUGGAUUCUGCCUUUACGAUGUGCUUUCAGAGGAAGAUAAACAUUUUGUCUGCACCAGCAAGGCUGAACAUGCACCUCAUCCAUAA